AUGCAUUCUCUGGCCUCAUCGUCCUCUUCUCCAUCGACCCGAGCUCUUGGUUUCACCUUGAAGUCCUCAGUCUCACAUGCUUAUGUGGAGGGCAUCCCCAGACGGAUACUGGUGAACUCCAUUUCCCAGCCUGCCGUGUUGUAUGAAAAUGUUGUGGUGAGCAACGGGAGCCCGAUCCUGCGAGAUUUGCUCUUCAGCCCAGAUCAUCAGUACUUAUAUGCCCUCACUGAUAAACAGGUCACCCGUGUACCAGUGGAGAGCUGUGAGCAGUACACUUCCUGUGGAGCCUGUCUGGGAUCAGGAGACCCUCACUGUGGCUGGUGUGUGCUGCAUAAUGUAUGUUCGAGGAAGGAUCGCUGCAAACGAGCAGAAGAGCCUCAGCGUUUCACCACCAGAGUCGAACAGUGUGUCCGACUUUCCAUCCAGCCAGACACCGUCUCCGUCACCAUGUCAGAAGUGCAGCUUGUGCUUCAGACACAGAAUGUGCCGAGUCUUUCUGCUGGAGUGAACUGCUCCUUUGAGGACUACGUAGAAACGGAAGGGCGCAUCUACGGUGGACGCAUCUAUUGCCUGUCUCCUUCGACGAAAGAAAUCGCCCCCAUCACGCGAGACCAAGGUGACCGACGCAUAAUAAAGUUGUAUCUAAAGUCGAAGGAAACUGGGAAGAAGUUUGCCAGUGUGGAUUUUGUCUUCUACAACUGCAGCGUCCACCAAUCGUGCCUGUCCUGUGUCAACGGAAACUUCCCCUGCCACUGGUGCAAAUAUCGCCACAUGUGCACACAGGAUGCCAGCGACUGCUCCUUCCAGGAGGGACGAGUCAACACCUCAGAGGAGUGCCCUCAGAUCCUGCCCUCCACCCAGAUCUACAUCCCUGCUGGAGUUAUGAGGCCGAUCACCCUGCUGGCUCAGAACCUGCCCCAGCCUCAGUCUGGACAGAGAAAUUACGAGUGCAUCUUUCACAUCCAGGGCAACACGCACAGCGUCCCGGCUCUGAGGUUUAACAGCACGAGCAUACAGUGUCAGAAGACCACGUACGACUACGAGGGCAGCGACAUCAGCGACCUGCCGGUUGACCUGUCUGUGGUGUGGAAUGGAAACUUUGUCAUCGACAACCCGUUCAACAUUCAAGCUCACCUGUACAAGUGCAGGGCAUUGCGGGACAGCUGUGGUAUGUGCCUGAAGGCCAACCCCAGGUUUGAGUGCGGUUGGUGUGUUCAGGACAGGAAGUGUUCCCUCAGGCAGGAGUGCACCGGAGGAGGCAAUUCCCACCUCCCCCUCCAGCUGGCAGAAGGUGGAGGGUGGAUGCACGCCACAUCUGGAAACAGCCGCUGCACCCACCCCAAGAUCACCAAGUUAUUCCCUGAGACGGGGCCUCGACAAGGCGGAACCAGGGUGACCAUCUGGGGGGAAAACCUGGGUCUGCAAUUCAGAGACAUCCAGACGGGCGUCAAAUUGGGGAAGGUGCCCUGUGUUCCCGUUGAAGACGAGUACGUGAGUGCCGAAAGAAUAGUGUGUCUGCUGAACGACGCAACCGGCUACAGGGUCCAAGAGGCUCAGGUGGAGGUGUGUGUGAGAGACUGCGUCAACGACUACAGAGCCCUGUCGCCGCGGCCGUUCACCUUUGUGACUCCCUUUUUCACACGUAUCCAGCCGUCCCAGGGGCCCAUUUCAGGGGGAACUCGUGUCACCAUCGAGGGGAGCUACCUCAAUGCGGGCAGCUACGUGUCUGUCAGCAUAGGACCGCUGCCAUGCCAGUUCAAAAAGAGGAAUGCCCGUGAGAUAGUAUGCGUUACACCAGCUGGACUGGCCUCGGGCAGUGCCCCAGUCUUGGUGGACAUCGAUGACGCAGAGCUCAGAAACCCAGAAGUCAAGUUUAACUACACAGAAGACCCCACUGUUCUGAAGAUUGAACCUGACUGGAGCAUUGCCAGUGGUGGAACUCUGCUGACAGUGAGCGGGACCAACCUCGCAACCAUCCGAGAGCCAAAGAUCAGGGCCAAGUAUGGACAGGCAGAGUCCUUUCAUAACUGCACAGUGUAUAACAAUUCAGUCAUGGUGUGCCUCGCUCCGUCAGUGGCGGACUCGGAGCUUGGUUUUUCCGAGACUGGCACCGGUCCCGAUGAGAUUGGGUUCUACAUGGACAACGUGAACGCUCUGGUGGUGGUCAACGAGACAUUCAGCUACUACCCCGACCCGGUGUUUGAACCGUUGAGUCCCUCUGGGAUACUGGAACUCAAACCCACAUCGCCACUUAUUCUCAAGGGCCGUAACCUGAUCCCAGCGGCUCCGGGCAACAGUCGCCUGAACUAUACGGUGCUGAUUGGAGAGACUCCCUGCAUCCUCACCCUGUCUGAGAGCCAGCUGCUCUGCGAAUGGCCCAACCUCACUGGACAGCACAAAGUCACGAUCCGUGCGGGUGGGUUUGAGUACUCUCCCGGGACGCUUCACAUCUACUCUGACAGCCUGCUAACGCUUCCCGCCAUCAUCGGCAUCGGAGGGGGUGGCGGCUUGCUGCUGCUGGUCAUCAUUGCCGUGCUGAUAGCCUAUAAGAGGAAGUCGAGGGACGCUGACCGCACCCUGAAACGUCUACAGCUUCAAAUGGACAACCUGGAGUCCAGAGUGGCCCUGGAGUGUAAAGAAGCUUUCGCUGAGCUACAGACAGACAUCCAUGAAUUAACCCAGGAGCUGGAUGGAGCUGGGAUUCCCUUCCUAGACUAUCGGACCUAUGCAAUGAGAGUUCUUUUCCCUGGGAUUGAGGACCAUCCUGUGCUCAAGGAGAUGGAGGUCCCUGCCAAUGUUGAGAAGGCGCUCACCCUGUUCGGCCAGCUGCUGACAAAGAAGCACUUCCUGCUGACGUUCAUACGAACCCUGGAGGCCCAGAGGUCAUUUUCGAUGCGGGAUCGAGGCAAUGUGGCGUCUCUGAUCAUGACGGCCCUGCAGGGGGAGAUGGAGUAUGCCACCGGGGUCCUGAAACAGCUGUUAUCCGACCUGAUAGACAGAAACCUGGAGAGCAAAAACCAUCCCAAACUGCUGCUAAGGAGAACCGAGUCUGUCGCUGAGAAGAUGCUGACCAACUGGUUCACAUUCCUCUUGUAUAAGUUCCUAAAGGAGUGUGCCGGGGAGCCUCUUUUCAUGCUUUACUGUGCCAUCAAGCAGCAGAUGGAGAAGGGACCCAUCGACGCCAUCACAGGAGAAGCCCGCUACUCCCUUAGUGAGGACAAGCUCAUCAGACAACAGAUUGACUACAAAACACUGACGCUGCACUGUGUAAAUCCAGAGAAUGAGAACGCCCCGGAGGUGACAGUCAAGUGUCUCAACUGCGACACCAUCACUCAGGUCAAAGAGAAGCUGCUCGAUGCCGUGUACAAAGGCAGCCCCUAUUCGCAAAGGCCAAAGGCUUCUGAUAUGGACCUGGAAUGGCGUCAAGGUCGGAUAGCCAGAAUCAUCCUGCAGGAUGAAGAUGUCACAACUAAGAUUGACAACGACUGGAAAAGACUCAACACGCUGGCUCACUAUCAGGUAACAGAUGGUUCAGUGAUUGCCCUGGUGCCAAAGCAGAACUCUGCCUAUAACAUCUCCAACUCCUCCACCUUCACCAAAAGCCUCAGCAGAUACGAGAGUAUGCUGAGGACGGCCAGUAGUCCAGACAGCCUACGUUCUCGAACGCCCAUGAUCACCCCCGAUCUGGAGAGCGGAACCAAACUGUGGCACCUGGUGAAAAACCACGACCACUCAGACCAGAGGGAGGGCGACCGGGGAAGCAAGAUGGUCUCUGAGAUCUACCUGACCAGGCUGCUGGCUACAAAAGGUACGUUACAGAAGUUUGUGGACGACCUGUUUGAGACCAUCUUCAGCACAGCCCACAGAGGUAGCGCGUUGCCCCUGGCCAUCAAGUAUAUGUUUGACUUUCUGGACGAGCAGGCUGACAAACACUCCAUCACAGACUAUGAUGUACGACAUACCUGGAAGAGCAACUGUCUCCCUCUCCGGUUCUGGGUGAACGUGAUCAAGAACCCACAGUUUGUAUUCGACAUUCAUAAGAACAGCAUCACAGAUGCUUGUCUGUCCGUGGUGGCCCAGACCUUCAUGGACUCCUGUUCAACAUCGGAGCACAAACUAGGCAAAGACUCGCCUUCAAAUAAGCUUCUCUACGCUAAAGACAUCCCCAACUACAAGAACUGGGUCGAGAGGUAUUACUCCGAUAUCUCCCGCAUGCCAGCCAUCAGCGAUCAGGACAUGAGUGCCUACCUAGCGGAGCAGUCCCGGCUGCACCUCAGCCAGUUCAACAGCAUGUCAGCGCUGCACGAGAUCUACUCCUACAUCGUCAAAUACAAAGAUGAGAUCCUGUCAGCGCUACAGAAGGACGAACAGUCACGCAGACAGCGACUACGCGGCAAGCUGGAACAGGUUAUCGACACCAUGGCUCUAUCUAGCUGAGGAUCAGCCAAUGGCGCGCCUCAGCUGGCAGGAGAACUGGCUAACCAACACGCCUUUCCCCAACAACUUUGACCCCCUCUCCCCAUUCCUCGCCGUUUUAACACCCGACGUUUAAAGUCUGUCGCCAUCGCCGUCACAACCAACAAUCUACAGCAGCAGAAAGGACUGCGAGAACACAAGCACCCAGCAAGCAGCAGCACACUCGAGAGAGACAGCAGAGUUUGGAACUAAAGUCCCGGCAGCCGGGUUGACUUUUACCCCCUCCCCCAUUGCCUUUCUUUUUCUUCUUCUUCUUCUCUGAGCCUGCCAUAACAACCAAAUCAAGUGCGUCCCCAACCUCAGCCGAUUUUGGACCUCAGCUCAGGAGAGCAUUUAUUUUCAUCAAGUCCCUCAUCACGUCUACAGUUACACGGGAGCAGCUUUGGCCACAAUCAGGAAUGGUACAUGCACAGUGGUGACCAGAAACUCAUCAAGCUGGACCUGAAACAAGCCCAGAGCUAGUAUCUUUUCACAGCCAGUGCUGCAGUUCUGACUCUGAGCCUAUAAAAAAAAAAAAAAAUCCAGAAUACUUGAUUCCUGUGAGGAA